AUGGCAACCAAUGAUAUUUUUUCAGACGACAGUGGUAAUGACACUGACGGGACCGGCGAUAGCGAUGAGACUAAUGAAAGUGAUGAGCAGUUUUGGGAAGAAGACAAGCUUCCUCCUCCCGAACACUAUGAGGCCGAGGAUGCCUUCCAUCCAGCGGCGGCGUGCGAAGGCGUCUAA